GACUGGAGUGGAGAGAUGAGGGUCUCUCCCUACUGGAGUCGGAGAGGAGGGCAGAGUCACCUACCUCCCAAGCAACAGAGUGAGAGGGAGCAAGGAAGCGAGGGCCUUUGUGAGGAGAGCAUUUAAAAUGCUACCCAAAAAAAGGCUUUAAGAGGAUUUCCUCCUACUCUCCUCCUGCUCCCUGGUGCGUGCUUCUCGCCUUGUCUGAUGAAGAAUUCUCUGCCUAUACCUGAUAAACACUGAGGUUUAUCCAGAACCAGUGGCCACUUGAGUGGCCCAGGGCCAGCCUUCCCCGGGAAAGAACGUUCUCACCGUUGGUUGGCUGUGAACCGAUAUCAUGUCAGGAUACAGCUCCAAUCACCCAAGUAAUUCACUCAACACCCCCUUCCCGGGUGGCUCCCACUACAAUCCCAGCUCAAGUCCUUCUAAUGGCUCCAAGUACAGCCCUCCCAAAGCCGUCAGCUGUCCUGGUCGUCCAUACUGCUCCGUCUGCCCAAGCCGGAAGGAACAUGUUGGCUCACCCAACAAGAUGAACUCCAGGAAACUCCCCACGAGCCACUGCUGCAGCCCCAAGGCUGACGACCCUUCCGCCGACAACCCCGACUCGCCCACCAAACCAGCCUGCCGGGGCCGCCCUCACUGCAUGCUCUGCAUGGACCGCCCUACAAAUCCCACCUUCUUGGACUGUCUCAUUGAAGGCAUAGAUUACCUGGACCGCUCCCUGAAUAAAGACACUUACCCAGGCCCAGACAGCAACUCCAAACUCCCUCCCACCAAACCAGCCCUAAAGGAAGUGGGUCAGAGCGGAGCCUCUAGCAAGGUGAACUUAGCCAGCAGCUCCUCUGAGACCAGCACAAAUCAGAACACCAGCAUCAACUCUCUGCAGUGCUUGAAUGGGCGAUCUGGCAACAAAAACAGCCUUGCCACCCCGUUGCCUUCCAAGUCAGGGACCCCCAACUUGCAGGAUGAUCCUUGGAUGGGGGCAAGCAUCCAGAUCAGUCACAUCCCCAAGAUAUGGGAGACCAUUCAGGCAGGGUGGGCCGCCAAGCCUGACCCCAAGGCAGCCCUGUGGUGGUGACAUUGGCUCCAGCUAGGAGAUUCUCAUUUUUUUCCCACAAAAUAAAACAUUGCUGA